AUGUCUCUCCAAAAACAACCAAUCAUCUCCUCCAAUGCACCCGCACCCCCACCAUUCCUGUCGCAGGCCAUUUUAAUGGGCGACUUCGUUUUCUGUUCUGGCCAAGUCGGCUGUCACCCCGAAACCGGUGUGCUUCUGACAGGCUCGAUCGGAGACCGAACUAAACAAAUUCUAUCUAAUCUCCAGGCGGUUUUGGAAGCGGCUGGAACUACUUUGGAUAAUGUUGUCAAAUGUAACAUUUACCUUACCAGUAUGAGCGAUUACGCUGCUGUCAAUGAAGUUUAUGCGGCUACGUUCACGAAGCCCGCGCCGGCUCGGACUUGUGUUUGUGUGAAGGAGUUACCAUUGGGAACUGAUGUUGAGAUUGAAUGUAUCGCGGGUGUAAAGAACACCAAUAAAUCUCAGCUCUGA